AUUUCAUUCAUGGAAGAGACUCAGAACAACUCCACCAUGAACCACAGCGACGACAACAACAGCAACAGCAGCAACAGCAGCAACAACAACCGCCGUCACCGUAAGAGAGACCCCAACAAGCCGUCGUUCGCCAUGAUCUCCUGGUUCGCCGAGAAGCCGGGCCAACAACCCUUCUGUGGUCUUGCAGGCGUCACCCUUGUCAAGAACAAUUCUAGCCAUAUGAUGGUGUCGCCGUUGGACGAGGACCUUGGGUUUGGGCCGACCUCUGAUUCUGCGAAGAACGAUGGUGGCGAGAAGUAGGUGCCGGUGAAGAGUGCUUAUUUAAGAUGCGGAUGUGUUUGAGGUCUAUUAGUAGGCAUGUGUAGCUAGAGUUGAAAUGUCAUUAGUUAGAACCCUUCGUGUGUGGUGAUUGCGGGAGUUGUCUUGUCCCAUUAAGAAUCCUCUCCAAACCUCGCCCCUUUUUGAAACAGAAAGAUGCAGCGAGCAAAUAAAAAGUUGAUGGGUCGGACCCAAGGACCGUUGACAAAAAGCAAAAGUAAUCGACGUGGGCCUG